UCAGCUACUUCCUAAGCGCAUGCGCACGUGGAGCAACAGACGGGCUACUAAACUGGUCAAACAGCGGGUGUAAAAAUGCAUAAGCUGAAGUCUUCACAGAGGGACAAGGUACGGCAGUUCAUGUCCUUCACACAGGCUGGGGAGAAGACGGCCGUGUAUUGCCUCACUCAAAAUGACUGGAAACUAGAAGUUGCAACGGACAACUAUUUUCAGAAUCCAGAGCUUUACUGUAAGGAAUCCAUGAAAACCUCGGUGGACCGGAAAAAGCUGGAGCAGCUCUACAAUCGUUACAAAGAUCCCCAGGAUGAAAAUAAGAUUGGCAUUGACGGGAUCCAGCAGUUUUGUGAUGACCUCUCGUUGGACCCGGCCAGCAUCACCGUGCUGGUCGUUGCGUGGAAGUUUCACGCCGCCACUCAGUGCGAAUUCACCAAGAAGGAGUUCAUGGAUGGAAUGACAGAACUGGGGUGCGACAGUCCAGAAAAACUGAAAGCCCUUUUGCCGAGAUUAGAGCAGGAGCUAAAAGACAGCGGGAAGUUCAAAGACUUCUACCAGUUCACUUUUAACUUUGCCAAAAAUCCUGGACAGAAAGGUCUUGAUUUGGAGAUGGCUGUAGCCUACUGGAACCUGGUUCUGUCAGGACGAUUUAAGUUCCUUGAUCUUUGGAAUAGAUUUCUUUUGGAACAUCAUAAACGAUCCAUCCCAAAGGACACGUGGAACUUAUUGUUGGACUUUGGUAACAUGAUUGCAGAUGACAUGUCUAACUAUGAUGAGGAAGGUGCAUGGCCGGUCCUUAUAGAUGAUUUUGUGGAAUUCGCUCGACCAAUUGUUACAGGAUCCAAACGUAAAACUCUCUAAAUCCGAUCCCGACCCUGGAAAGCCAGAACAUUGUUUCUUUUACAGCGACAUCCUAGUUUUUUUAAGACUUGUACAAAAAGAAAAGUGGAAAAACUGUAGACUUCAGAAGAGAAAACAGAAGCACUUGAAACCGUCUUUCAGGGAGCUGAGUUGAGAAACAACUGGCCACAUUUUCGGUCUCCUUGAGACGGAGGCGCCGUACGGACAUCGCCAGUGUCUCAGCGUCCCGGAGGGCCCGCCGCUCUGCUCCGGGAGGAGCGCUACAGCCUCACCACUGGGCCAACGAGGACACAGCACCGAGACGAGGUUCACCCGCUGUGCGUUCUUUAAACGGACAGGACAGAAGAGAGCUGUGUGUUUUAAGAUUCUUCCAGGUCAUCUUUGUUUUGGUAUAUGAAGCUCUGUGUGACUGUGCAAACAUCCCAUGUCUUAACUCCAGCUUUGGGACAGAGUGCUCGCGACACCAGCACCAACAGAACUGUUGCAGUUUUUAACUGUACAUACUGUAUCUAAUGGGACAGAUAACAAAGAGAGCUAUAAGAAGAAUAAUAUAAUUAUGUUCAAUUUAUAAAUGCAAAAAGAUGAUUGUUUUAUGUACAGUAAAUGCUCAGAUCUCUAAACGGUGAUGCCUCAAUAUUCUGGAUAAUAAUGCUGUUGGUUUAGUUGUUCGGUGGAUGUCCAGUCAUGGAGUUGUGAGCUCAUUGAAAGCAUGUUCUAAAAUCAUUUUACGUCACUUCGGGCUGGUUUCAGAAAUAAAGUUUCACUAAAGUAA